GCACCCCCGCCUCCAGAUGCCCUGUCUGCGCAAGAUGGAGCGGAUGAUCGUCAGUAUGCAGGACCCCGACAUGGGCAUCAAGAUGAGGAACCAGCGCUUGCUCAUCACCGUCAUCCCCCACGCCAUGACAGGGAACGACAUCGUGGAGUGGCUCAUUCAGAAGUACGGCAUCUCCGAGGAGGAGUCGCUCCACCUCGGCAACCUCAUCGUGAAGCACGGCUACAUUUACCCCCUCAAGGACCCGCGCAGCCUGGUGCUGCGGGCGGAUGAGUCGCCCUAUCGCUUCCAGACCCCAUAUUUCUGGACCAGCACCAAGUGGCCGGCCACGGAGCUGGACUACGCCAUUUACUUGGCCAAGAAGAACAUCCGCAAGCAGGGUGAUCUGAUCGAACACGAGAAGGACAACUACAACCUCCUGCACAAGCGGAUCAACCACACGUGGGACUUCGUGGUGAUGCAGGCACGGGAGCAGCUCCGGGCAGCCAAGCAGCGCCGCAAGGGCGACCGCAUCGUCAUCGACUGCCAGGAACAGGCGUACUGGCUCGUCAACCGGCCCCCGCCAGGAGCCCCUAACGUGCUGGAGCAGGGUCCCGAGCGCAGGAACUGCCACACCACCCGUGUCCAGCUGACCAAGAACAUGGAUUACUACAAGCGAGAGAUCGAGUACUGCAGGAAGGCCAUGGCCAGGACCAGGGUGAAAUCCUCCAUCUGCCUUGAGGGGUACAUCAAGUUCAACGAGCAGUAUGUGCCCCACGACCCCAUCAUGUCUGGCUGCCUGCCCAGCAACCCCUGGAUCACGGAUGACACCACGUACUGGGCCAUGAAUGCCCCCACGGUGACAACCCCCACGAAGCUGCGCGUGGAGCGCUGGGGCUUCAACUUCAGUGAGCUCAUCAACGACCCCCUGGGCCGGGCACAGCUCCUCGAAUUCCUCAAGAAGGAGUUCAGUGCUGAGAACCUGAGUUUCUGGGAGGCGUGUGAGGAGCUGCGCUACGGGGAGCAGUCCCGCAUCGCCGAGAUCGUGGACUCCAUCUACCAGCAGUUCCUGGCUCCCGGGGCAACGCGCUGGGUGAACAUCGACAGCAAGACGAUGGAGCGAACCCUGGAGGGCAUCAAGACUCCCCAUCGCUACGUGAUGGACGAUGCUCAGAUGCACAUCUACAUGCUGAUGAAGAAGGACUCUUACCCACGGUUCCUCAAGUCGGACCUCUACAAGAACCUCCUGGCCGAGGCCAUCAUUCCACCGGAGACCAAGAAGCGGGUGUUCCCCUUCAUGCGCAAACAGCGGCAUUCCAGCCCCAGCCCGGCCCUGCUGCUGCCCGCGGGCGAUGCCGAGGAGAGGAGCCGGAGCCCUUCCACUGCCCCCGUCCCCGAGGAGGAGAGCUGA